UAUUUAUACCAAGCUAUAUAAAAAAACCUCUGGUUUCUAGUCUUUGUAGCCUCAGAAUUCUCUUCCUCUCACUCUAUUCUCCAGCCGGUGGUAGCAGCGGCAGAAGCAGCAUCUCCAACAGCCUGUCCUGCCUAGUUCCAGCAGCUUCUAGCUAGGAAGUAAUAGGAGCUAAAGAUUUCAGGGCUUGUAACUCUUUGUACUGUGAUUUCUCAAAUUGACUCCUGCAAGUUCUAUGCUCGUAUUGGAGAAUGAAGUUAUGUUAUGCUGAGUAUCAUCUUGUUUGUUUUUGUCCCAAAAGUACAGAAUUGAAUUGAUAAUUUAAGGUUUUUAUUGAUAACUGCAUGAAUAGUGGCGGGGUUAUGGAUACCCAAUGGAUGUCCGAAACCUGAUCGGGUUCAGGUUUGGGUAUCAAAAAUCCAUACCCGUCGGGUUUCCGGUUGGGUAUGGAUAGUAAUUUUGGGUUCGGAUUCGGGUAUGGAUGGUAACAAAACCGAUGCAUGGCUACCCAUUGCCAUCCCUAACAAUUUAUUACAUUGAAGUUCUGUUGGUGUGAGUUUUCAGCUGAGUUGGGGAGUUUGUCACUGUUUUCUGAAUGUUGGUUGCGACAUUUAUGAUGUUCUAAGACCAAAAUUUUGUCUUAUCAACAGAACCCCUGACAAAAACUUUCUGCUUUGUUUUCUCUGCAACCAAACUGACUAUUUGUACUGAGUUCUUGUUCACUGUCACAGUUCUCAAACAGAGAUGGGUUCUUCAAGCAAAGACCUUUUGCAUUUGGAGAACAAGUAUUUCGUAACACCAUCAUCCCUUGAGUCUAUACUUCGUGUAUGUGAGAAAGAUUCUGGACCCAGGAAGCCCCCAGCUGAUGGAAAGCCCUUAACCACUCCAGUUCCUCAAAGUCAAGUUCUAGGAAAAGUGAGAGAUUUCAUAGGAGUCAUAUCAGAAGCCAAUAAGCGGUUGCAGGAAGAUGCAAAGGAUAAUUCUGAGAAAUAUGACAUUGAAACGCUAACUGGAAAUGAAUCAGAAGUCGUUGAGAUGGAUUUGAUGCUGGGUAUAGCUGAUCUUCAUACUCCUGAAGCUGUAGCUGCUGCUGAAUCUGCAAUAGGUAAUGGUCAUCCAUUGAAUUCUUUGGCUGCUAGCAGUAGUGAAUCAGAAUCAGAAGACACAAGUGAUGAAAGCGAAAGCGAUGAUGAGGCCAGUGAUGACACUGAAAGUGAUGGUGAAGACAAUGGCAAUGAUAAUAACAAAACAUGCAAGUCUGGCAACAAUGAUUCAACUGAAGGUAUUGUAAAACAAUGCUCAAAAAGGCAACGAAAAAUUGUUGAACUGUCUUGAAGGCUGAAGCAUGUUCUGCUGUGGUUUUGGAAAGUCCUUAUAUUUGUAGUUUGGGCUUCUAUGAGGACUCGACCUCAAGACGCUGGGGAGGGGAAAGGUCACUUCCAACUCAGCCUGCUAGAUGGUUGAGUUUAUAUUAUAUAGGCAUAACAACUGUUUCGUAGUUGCUUAAAUGCAAGUUCUUUCGCAUUCCCUGAACUCAAAUUUUGCAGAACUAUUCUCUCUUCUUCUUCUUGUUUCUUUUUGACAUUUCAUGAAUGAUAUCACUUCUGUGUGCACGGCA